ACCGGAAUUUUCGGACGCUAAACUAACUUGUUUCUGCCGCCCACGAGAAAAGCAGACUUUUCGUAAUAUUUCUGUAAAACUGUGUCGUUGUAAUUACGAAAUAAACAACCAUGGUUGAAUCAAACGGCGUAGAGUUGACGGAGCAGGAGGCCGAGUUGUACGAUCGGCAGAUUCGCCUGUGGGGUUUGGAUUCGCAGAAGCGCAUCCGCGCGGCCCGUGUGCUGAUUGCCGGACUCAAUGGUUUGGGUGCGGAGAUUGCGAAAAACACCAUACUAGCUGGUGUUAAAUCUGUCACUCUGCUGGACGACCGGAAGGUAACGGAAGAAGACUUCUGUUCGCAGUUCUUGGCACCACAGUCUGCACUGGGAAGUAACCGGGCCGAGGCAUCGCUCACCCGUGCCCAGAAUCUGAACCCAAUGGUCGAGCUGAAGGUCGAUACAGAGGCGCUAGCAACAAAGCCGGAUGAAUUCUUUAAAGAGUUCGAUAUCGUGUGCAUCAUCGGUGCACCGACCGCUGAGUACGUUCGGGUGGACAACGUGUGCCGCGAAGGAAAUGUGAAAUUUUUCGCCUGCGACGUUUGGGGCAUGUACGGAACAUUCUUUGAGGAUCUACAGGAGCACGAGUUCGUGGAGGACGUAUAUAAGCACAAGGUCAUUUCCAAGGCAACCAAACAACAGAAAGAGAAAACGGAGAUGGUUUGCAUACCGUGCAAGCGCGUGUUCAAGUAUCCCGCGUAUCAAGCACUGGUGGAUUACGAUUUGAGUGCGCCGGCCAACGCGCGCACCUUGAAACAGAACCGUGUGGCUCUACCGCUGGUACGUGUGCUGCAAAAGUUCCGUGACGAUGAGCAACGUGAUCCUGCUUACGGAAAGCGUGAGGAAGACUUGAAGAAACUGCUCGAGCUGCGUGACGCUAUGGCACCAGGAAUGGUUCCAGAUUCGGCGUUCGGAAACGUUUUUGCACAGAUCGCUCCCGUCACCGCCAUUGUCGGUGGUGCAGUGGCACAUGAAAUUAUCAAGGUUGUUUCCCAGAAGGAAGUUCCUCACAAGAAUCUGGUCCUGUUUGACCCUGAACAGUGCACCGCAACCGUUGUCGAGGUUGGUUGCGAGAACUAAUGUUCCAUGUUGUAAUUCUCUCUUCAGUACUGUAAUCUACAUUUUAUUCCAUUAUAAGGUUUUUCGAUGUGUUUGAAUUCUCCGAGAAUUUGUACGCCAAUAAUCAGCGAAAUAAACGUGAUUUAAUAAAA